UGUGUCUAUACAAAUAUCUAUAUAUCAAUGCGCAUUUCACCAGUGAAUUCUGUGCUAGAGGAUCAACUUGUUCAAAUUCUUAAGCGAUACUGUUUGAAAUAUUUGUUAUAUUUGUUAUAGCUUUCAAUUUCAGGAAUUUAGAAGCAAACACGACUUGCAUAAUGAGUAGAGGAGCUGUGGUUGGAAUUUUUGUUUUAUUGUUUUCAAGUAUCAAGAAUGAUCAAGCUUUUAAAAGUCUUCAAUUUCGACGGUUUAAAGGUUAUAGAUUUCAGUCGCUCGCCGGUUUGAAUUUGUCUCCUAAACCUGCCAGAAGUUCUUUGGAUUGUGCAGGAAAAUGUAGAUUACCAGAAUGCGGUAAUUUUGUUUAUGUUGCCAGUAAUAAAACUUGCCACCGUUAUGGUUUGUGGGAUGCUACGUUCACUAUUCGAAGUUCAGUCGUCAACACACCUACACCAUCUUAUAUGGAUACAAGCUUAUUUUCAGAUGAUGGUUGGAUUAAAGUAUAUCUCAUAAAAGCUGGAGGCAAUUGUUGGCCCACUUAUUCUAUAAUACUACCGAACGCGGCAUAUAUACGUAAUUGUUACAAAACACUUGGAUCAGAUUUUUUCAGAAGUCCUUUAUUGGAUAGUUGGAAUCAAUUACCCCUCAAUCAGGUGAAAUUGGUGAUUUAUAAAAAUAACAUAGCUGUAGUCACGAUGAUAUUUAAUGGAAAAAACUCAACCCUUGGAUCCGUGUUUUCUGUCAAUAGAGUUGUUUCGUCACCUUGGAAUGAUCUAACUCCAGGAGUUUCUACUCUUAUGUUUGGUUUAAAUGUUUGGCCACCGAGAAAAUUUUAUUUUGCGCAUAUCCACUAUUCUUGCUUUCAUGAUACCGGCUGGUUAUACAUAUCAGAAAGUAAUUUGUGUUCUUAUGACUCGUCGUCUGCUUUUCCAAAGAUUUUGUAUUCAAAAAAAAGCUCUGCUACUAACUGGAAUACAGCAUACGAAACUGGUGACUAUUUAGCAAUGUACAUCAAAUUAUUAUGAAAACAAAUAUCACCAAAUACUGUUAUUGUUGUUUCAACGUUUGAAUGAAGUAAAACUAAUAUUUCAAUAAGUUUUCAUUCGAUUCAAUAAUUCAAACAUAUGUGAUUGAAAUAUGAAUUAUAUCAAUAAAUUCGAAUUAAAUGUAACAAUAAAUUAUAUAAAUUGAAUGAAAAAUGCGAAUUAUAUAUAUAACCAAUGCACUGGGUACUUGUUAUGUAAGUAACAAUAUAUCUUAGCACAUAUUACAAAUUAUUUGACCAAUAAAAAAGGAUUACUGUAUUUUGAAUCUAGUAGGAAUUAUAGCAAAAUUUUCAUUGUUUCUUGUUCAAUGCAAAGUAUCUAGCUAAAAAUACAAUUAAUUUUGAUUGUGUUGUUUUGAAUACUACUUCCUUUUACAGUCAACACACACACGCACACAUAUACCACACAUGCACACACACACAUAUAUAAAAGAUAGAGGUGAAAAUAGCACAGAAGCAAGUUUAAGACAUUUCACUUUAAGAGGGAAUUUAAUAAAAAUGAUUUUAAAAAUUAUAUAAAGAAAACAUAACCGGUUUCAGUGUAUUUCAUCGAAUCCAAAAAUUUAUAAAACUUUGAAGUAAAAACAGUUUAUCUUCUGUCUGGGAGACAAAAAACAUGUCUGGAAGUUUUCGUUGAAGUCUUCUUUAAAUAUAGUUUGGUAUAGAGUUCAAAGUGUUAAAGAGUGAGAGAAGAGGUGUCUAUUGUCUAAAAGAAAUCUUUAUGUAUUCCUGCCAAGGGAGUGGCUAAAAAGUAUUUAUUGAAUGGGUUUUAUGUCCACCUGUGUGUGUGUGUGUGUGUGUGUGUGUGUGUGUGCGUGUGUGCGUUGUGUUGACUGUCCUUUCAGUAUGUUUGGAAACUGAUCAGCUGUGUGUUAAUAAGUGUGUAUGUUGUGAAGACUGUCUUGCUGAAGAAAGAAUUAGGAUUUUUCUUUGGAUUAGUUGUAGUCUUUUGAGUGUCACCAUUUGUGUGUAUGUGUAUGGAGUAACCAGCUGUAUAUGCGUGUGUGUGUGUGUGUGUGUGUGUGUGUAUGUGAAUGUGUGGAUGUGCGUGUGUGUGAGUGUUUUUGCAAUGUUUUCUUUUGUGAGUGUGUGUGUGUGUGUGUACAGAGUUGUGUGUGUGUGCUUUUUGUGAUAUUUUUGUAUGUGUGUGUGUGUUUGGGUGUGUGUGUGUGUUUGUGUAUGUGUGUGCGUGUGUGAGUAUGUGUGUGUAUGUGUGUGUGUGUGUGCUGGCAAUAACAGCUUAAUAGUGGUAGGAAUUUUCGUCAUAUCAUAUUACAAUAUUACCCUACCUUUGCAAUUCUUAUGUAAGUCUCCUUAUAGUUGAGAAGGAGUUAAGAAUACAUACAAAUCAAGACUUAUAUAAAAGGUAAAGGUGAAAACAGCACGAAAGUAUGUUUGAAAAUUGUUUUAUAUUUGCUACAUUGGGUAACUUUUGUAAAAUAUUACUGCUUUCGAUGUGUAUGUCCAACAUAUAAGAUUUAAAAAGCUGAAUGUCAAAAGUUAGGAAAUUUAAAAACAGUUUGUUCUCGUAUUUUGCGCAUGGUGGCAGCGAGCUGGCAGAAGCGUUAGCACGCCAGGCGAAAUGCUUAUUGGUAUUUUGUCUGUCUUUACGUUCUGAGUUCAAAUUCCGCAGACGUCGACUUUGCCGUUCAUCCUUAUGGACUCUUCCUCUUUUUUUAUCGGGGUCGAUAAAUUAAGUACCAGUUGAGUACUGGAUCGGUCUAAUCGACUGGCCCCCUCCCCAACAACUUCGGGCCUUGUGCCUAGAGUAGACGAGAAUAUUUUGUGCAUAGUUAAGAGCAUGUGCGAACACACACACGCACACACACACACACAUACAAACACACACGUGUGAGUGUGUGUGUGUGAGUGUGUGUGUGUGUGUGUGUGUGUGUGUGUGUGUGUGUGUGUGUGUGUGUGAUGAAGGCGCAUGACUCAGCGUUGGCCUCACAAUCACGAAGUAGUGAUUUCGAUUCCCAGACCGGGUUGCGUGUUGUGUUCUUGAGCAAUACUUUAUUUCACGUUGCUCUAGUUCGCUCAACUGUAGAAAUAAGUUGCGACGUCACUGGUGCUAAGCUAUAUCGGCCUUUGCCUUUCUUUUCGAUGACAUCAGUCGCGUGGAGAGAGGAGGCUAGUAUGCAUGGCUGGUUGCUGUUCUUUCAUAAGCAAUCUUGCCCGGGCUUGUGCCUCAGAGGGUGUGUGUGUGUGUGUUGCCGUUUUGGAGUCGUAUUUUGGUAGAGAAAUAGUAGUUUUGGCUGCUAUUUCUAUUUUUUUAUGUGUGGUGAAGCAAUGCCUGCUGAACCCUAAAUUUUAAUUAUACAUAUAUAUAUAUAUAUAUAUAUGUAGUGAAACUACCUCCCGCCAUUAGAUACAAACUACUAUCGCCAUUACAUACAAUCUUCUCAUUUAAAUAUAAAUAAAUGCGAGCGUAGUAGAGAACCCAUUCCUUGUCCAUCACGUGACUGAUCAUUAUUCGAAUCGGCAACUUCUUCGAACCGUUCCCGCCAGAACGCAAACUGACCAAUCACGGCCCCUAAUAAGGUCACGUGAUGGAGUAAAAUUCUAAAGGCAUUUGGAGCCCUCUUAACGCUAUAUAUAGAUCAACUCAUACCCAAUAAUUU